AUGACGCAGCGAUCCGGUGCAAAUGGCUCACACGCAUCCGCCGCCGCAGCCACCAACGGCGGUGAGACUUCGAGAUUCAAGGUCCAGUCGACCAGCAGCUCCGACCGCGACUCCCAGUCCAACGAGACGAACGACAAGCGGCCAUCGAGCGCUCCCGGCCGCAAGAAUGGCAUUGUCGCCGGCGAUGCCAGGGACGACACUAGCAUCGAACCUGAGCGACCGAUCCGACCGGUAAAACCAGCCCUCCAGCGCUCAAAAAGCGAAUAUGCGCCGCGACAGACCGAAGAGUCAGACCACGAAGACGACGAGAUUCACGAAUGGGGGGCUAGACAUGGUUUUGAAGACCACUACCAGUCGGAACAUAUCAUUUCUCAGCUUGCGAAUAAUUGGUACAUGUAUUUUACGGAUAAGCGGCACGAAACCACUGCCAAGCCCAAGGCGGUGCAGUACGAACUCCAAGAUUGGCGCCAAAGAGACAGGCUUAAGACGGUGUCUGCAGCUCUCGCCGUUUGUUUGAACAUCGGUGUCGAACCUCCCGACCAACUCAAGACCAAUCCGGGCGCAAAGCUAGAGGCCUGGACGGACCCUACCAUCCCCCCUAUACAGAAGGCUCUUGAGAACAUUGGCAAGUCCCUUCAAGCGCAGUAUGAGACUCUCGCAAUCAGGGCUCGCUACAAGCAGUAUCUGGACCCCUCGGUUGAAGAGACGAAAAAAUUCUGCAUCUCCCUUCGUCGCAAUGCAAAGGACGAGCGCGUGUUGCUGCAUUACAACGGCCAUGGUGUGCCAAAACCAACGGCGUCGGGCGAGAUUUGGGUGUUUAAUAAGACUUAUACUCAGUAUAUCCCAGUUUCAUUGUACGAUUUGCAGCAAUGGCUCCAGGCGCCCACCAUCUUCGUGUGGGACUGUUCAGAGGCCGGCAACAUUCUUAAUAACUAUCAUCGAUUUGUCGACAAGCAUGACGAGGAGGAGGAGGAAGCCGCACAGCGGGAUCCUCACUACGUCAAGACAAAUUAUAGACCUUAUAUCCAUUUAGCUGCGUGUGCGGUCAAGGAGAAUCUUCCGACCAAUCCACUGCUCCCGGCUGAUCUGUUUACGUCAUGCCUGACGACCCCGAUCGAAAUGGCACUCUGGUUCUUCGUUUUGCAGAAUCCUCUCAAGACGAAUAUUAGUCCUGAACGCGCCAAGAAGCUCCCAGGUCGUCUCCAAGAGAGAAGGACACCACUUGGAGAGCUCAACUGGAUCUUUACUGCCAUUACUGACAGCAUUGCAUGGACUACGCUGCCUCGGGAUCUAUUUAGAAAGUUCUUCAGACAAGACCUGAUGGUGGCCGCCCUAUUCCGAAACUUUCUCCUCGCGCAAAGGAUCAUGACUGUGUAUGGAUGCCACCCUCAAUCAUUCCCUGCCUUGCCAGACACUCAUCAGCACCCGUUGUGGGAGACGUGGGAUUUGGCCGUCGACAUGGCUCUGGCGCAGCUACCCAUGUUGGAGAGAAAGGAAAACGAAGGUAUCGACUACGAAUACCAGAAUUCGUCCUUCUUCACCGAGCAGCUGACUGCCUUUGACGUUUACCUCACCAGAGGUGACGCUGUGGCCCAAAAGCCCCCCGACCAAUUGCCAGUCGUCCUUCAGGUACUUCUGAGUCAACAGCACAGAGUACGUGCCUUGAUAUUGUUGGGGAGAUUCCUUGACCUGGGACCAUGGUCGGUUCAGCUGGCUCUCAGCAUUGGCAUCUUCCCCUAUGUUCUGAAAUUGCUGCAAUCUGCGGCAACCGAACUGAAGCCUGUCAUGGUCUUCAUCUGGGCAAGACUCAUCGCGGUGGAUAUUUCAUGCCAGCAAGAUUUGAUUAAGGAUAGUGGAUACAGCUACUUUGCACAAAUUUUGAAACCAUCCGAGGCCUUGCCCGUCGUCAACGGCGAUGAGCACAAGGCCAUGUGCGCCUUUAUCCUGGCCAUGCUGUGCAAGGGCUACAGAAACGGCCAAAUGGUAUGCAACCAGACGGAAAUCAUGAGCUACUGCCUGGCCCACCUGCAAAACGAGGGCAACCCCCUCCUGCGCCAGUGGGCCUGUUUAUGUAUCAGCCAGCUGUGGCAAGAUUUGCCAGAGGCCAAAUGGCGUGGCAUUCGAGAAAACGCAUAUGCCAAGCUGGCGUUCCUCACCAAGGAUCCAUGCUGUGAAGUACGGGCUGCCAUGAUCCACGCCCUUACCACUUUUCUCGGAAUCCCCGACCUGACGGAAGAGGUUGCACGGAUCGAGGAGUCGAUUGCCUGGACAAUUCUUGACAUGGGAAAUGAUGGCAGCCCGAUUGUGCGCAAGGAAUUCUUGGUCUUCUUGUCUCAUUUCAUCAUUCGCUUCGAGAGCAAGUUUUUGGUUGCCGCCUAUGAGCAACUCCAAGAGGAGAAGGAAUACUUGGUGUUCCCCCCACAAGACGAUGGGCAAGAUCACAAAAUGGGCCUGCACUAUGCCAGACCAGAUAACCGACAGAGAGACGGGACGAUCAAGCCAACCGCUCACGGCCUCUCCCAUAAUACGGUCUACAUGGCGUUCUGGAAACAUGCCUUGAUUCUGAGCGUUGAUCCCCAUCCAGAGGUGCAGCGGGAGGCUACGACGGUUAUUGACUACGUUCACAAUGCUUUAAUAAACUCUAGCCUCGGCGAGGCGGCUCAUGGCUUGAUGGGAGAGGUCCAGAGAAGAGCAAACAGGGCGUCGCGCAGCAGAAGCACGGCUUCUUUGGGUCCGAGGUCUAAUGGCGCUCUCAGCCCCCAGCCAUUGCAGUCUCCUGGCCUUCUUCGGCGAACGGCCAGCCUUCUCUUCCAGUCCUUCAUCACCAGCGAAGAUAAGUCUAGGCCUACCACUCCCAACAGCCAGAUUCCGCCAAAGUCGCCUUCGUCAAAGGUAUCUCCGGACCGUGUAUCUGCGCCUCCUGAACAGAAUGACUACUCUGGCCGCUCGGCAACAUACCACAAUGCCCGCGAGCCUGUUUCCGGUUCGUAUGAAGAGCGCGACUUGACCAAGGAGCCAAGCCUGCCACUUACGAGCAAGUUCCUCGAGUGGUCAAUCGAGUACUUCCGUGAACCCCAAAUGAAGAACACCGAGGCGGAUGAGCCUGGCAGCACCGACUACAACGAGAGACUGUGGCGGAGGGCCAGGAAUGAAGCCAUCAUGAGAGAAACGCAGCCCCUCAAGCAUAUCGCUGGCGCCCACCGGUGGAACAACCAGCUGGGCAUCAUCAACAACGGCGCACAGCCUGCCAAGAUGACGUUUCAUCAAUUCGAAGACCACUUGGCGGUGGCAGAUGACGCCAACACAGUUUACGUUUGGGACUGGAAGAAACAAGGACGCCUGAAUAAAUUCUCCAAUGGCAACCCAGAGGGUUCCAAGAUUAGCGACAUGAAAUUCAUCAAUGAGGACGACCAAGCCAUUUUGAUGACCGGAUCGUCGGAUGGUGUAAUUCGAGUAUAUCGCAAUUACGACUCGGAGCAAGACAUUGAGCUGGCCACGUCUUGGCGGGCACUCACACACAUGGUUCCCAGCAAUGUCAAUUCCGGAAUGGUUUUCGACUGGCAGCAGGCGACGGGACGCGUCCUCGUUGCCGGCGAUGUUCGGGUUAUUCGGGUGUGGUUUGCUGGGCAUGAGACGUGCACAAUGGACAUUCCAGCGCGAUCUGGUUCAUGCGUUACCUCACUCACAUCGGACCAGAUGACGGGCAACAUCUUUGUGGCCGGAUUUGGUGAUGGUGCCGUCCGUGUCUUUGACACGAGGCUGAAGCCGCAGGAAUCCAUGGUACGCAAGUGGAAAGACGAGUCGGAUCGCCAAUGGAUCAAGAGCGUGCACAUGCAGCGUGGAGGAAAGCGAGAGUUAGUGAGCGCCAGCCGCAACGGCAAAGUCAAGGUGUGGGAUAUUCGCAUGGACAAGGCCUUGCAUUCCUUCCAGACCACUCGGGACACUCUGCGGACGGCAAGCGUUCACGAGCAUUUGCCAGUAUUCUCAGUGGGCACCUCUGCGCAUGUGGUCAAAGUGUUUAACCUGAACGGCAACGAGCUUUCUCGACUCGAGCCAUACUCAAGUUUCCUGCAACAGAACCGGGGGUCUCCCAUUUCUGCGACAGCAUUCCACCCGCAUCACCCGAUUCUUGGGUGCGCGGCACGAGGCGAUCACCACAUUAACUUAUUUACGUGUGAGAAGACUGAACCGCUGCAGCUUGCUUAG